UUUUACAUGUACAAAAUAUAUUGUACUACAGUAUUGUGAAAUUUUAUUACAUUUUAGAAUGAUAUUAUUUUCACAAACAUUGAUAGUUAGCAUACUAGCAUUUGUCGUUGCAGUACAAGCAGAUACACAACAAACAUUAAAUAGUAAUGAAUUAUCAUUGUCAAAUGAACAAGUUACUCAAUAUAAAUAUGAAAAAACUAUUCAAUCAGAAACUAUUGAAAAUAAUCAAGAUAAUUCUAUUACUACAAGUAUAAAUACCGAAAUCGCACAGAAGACACAUUCAAACAACGAACUAGAUCUAAAUAAUGUAGAUGACACUGAUUUAAAUUCUGCAUUAAAAGUGGACGUCACAGCAAAGCUAAAUGGACUAGAAUCUGCUUCCAAUGGAAAUAAUCCAAGUGAUAAUGGUUUUGCUCAAUCGUCAAAAUAUUAUGAACAUAAUGUACAAAAUAUGGAAGAUCUAAAUGGAAGAACUCCAACUACACCAACAUCUUCCCCUGGUUCAAGUGGUUCUCCUUCGAGUGCCGCACCGACGUAUCCUAAUGGAAACUUAAAUAGCGAUUCUGGUACAGCGUCGGAUGUUUAUGGUAUGCCUUCUCAACCGUUUAUGCCUUUGACAUAUCCUAUGGGAGUGCCUAGUAAUAUAAACGGAGGUGUUCCUAAGAACCCUCAAACUCCAAAUCCGAAUUCUGACAAUGGUUCUCCCAAAAGUAAUAUAAAUGGAGGAACUCCAACUAAACCAACAUCGUCCCUUGGUUCAAAUGGUUCUCCGUCUAACACUUCUCCAAAUUCUCCUAAUGGAGACUUAACGGGCAAGCUGGAUUCCAAUGGAAACUUGUUAACUGAUAAUAGUUAUAUGAAAAGUUAUGAAUCGUAUUAUUACGGAUAUGAUGCACAAAAUGAUGUAGAUCAAAAUGGUGGAAGUCCUACCAUACCAACAUCUUCCCCUGGUUCAAAUGGUUCUCCAUCCAAUAUCUCUCCUAAUUAUCCUAAUGGAGGUUUGACGGAUAAGCCGAUGGAACAAUUUACUGAUUCUUAUGGAAACAAGUUAACUGUCAAUAGUUACCAAUCACCAAAUGAAAAUGGAUUUUUUCAAAAUAUAGCAGAUCAAGAGAGCAGUUAUCCUCAUCUACCAGAAAUGAGUGAAGGUUUAAACAAUCAAAUAACACAAAAAUCUGUUUCAGCUUUAAAUGUACAGAAUACUGGUACAACAGAUCAAUUUAGUUUCUAUCCUGGUAUUCCAUCAAUUAUGCCUAAUGAGAAUUCAAAUGAUGCAUUGAGUGGUGGGGAUUUAGGAUGGAAUUCUCCAACAGAUAUUAACGGAUCACCACAACCAGUAGAUCAAACUCCAACUGUUACUGAGUAUUCAAGUAUGGAUUCAGAAACCUACCGAUUCUUGAAAUAUGAUAAUAUGGGAUAUGAAUUACAGAAUACAGAUGUCGAUGAGGUUUUGAACGAUGGUCAAGUAAACAUGGAUGAUAGGUAUAUGUCUGAUAAUUUUAAUGAUAUAAAUAAUUACGGAGUUAACUUUCCCCUUUUAAACAAAAAUGGUGAUGUUUAUAAUAACUUUUUUUAUGAGAAAAGUUCCGUUAAUUCUGCACGGAGUUCAGAUGGUGAUUAUAACAUCCAAAAUGAUGGAAAUAAUGUUGAUGGUUAUUUCGAAAAUAUUGGGUAUGAUAAUGGUAAUCUGCAAGUACCUUCUUAUGAUUCAUAUACACCUAAUUUAAAUGCUGGGUAUGAAAAUAGUGAACCUUUGAGAGGCAAUACGUUUACAGGUAAUGUGCCUUAUGAUAACAAUAUUUAUCCUGGAAAUAUCCUAUAUAACUAUAACAACAUAGAUGACAUUGAAAAUGAUCAAACUAAAACAGGAAUAGACGAAUUGAAUCCUGAAAACAAUCAAUUAAGCAGGACUGAUUUUAAUACAUUUUCAAAUACUCAAACUUCACUAACUACUGACAGUUAUUUAGAUACAGAUUUGUCAUCUGAUCGUAUGGUGUAUGACUUCGUUGAUGGCGACAAUAUAGGUACAGAGACUAUUGAUUCAAACUACAUAGGUCAAGUAAAUGAGAACAAUGUGUAUGAUGGUCAAGGUUUUAAUGGAUUUAAUAUGAAAUCAACCAAUGUACCAGAAUACAACCAAUUAAAUAAAUUAAAUCGUGAUUAUGCAACAACUUAUUUGGGCAAUUCACGUACCUUUGAAGCUAGUUCUUCAAAUACAGGAACCAAUGCUGAUAUAGAUAGUUAUGAUGGGCCACAGCUUUUUAAUUCUGAGUAUAAUUUUCCUACUAGUAGUGAUUUACAUAAGCAAAGCUCUGAUUUAAAUGAACAAAGUUCCGAUUUAAAUAAUUUAGUAAUUGGUAAUGUGCAAUUGGAGAAAUAUUUGUAUCAUACAACUGAUACGUCAAACGUUAAUACUCUAGUAGAAGGUACUAAUGAAGAUGAUUCUAAUGGUUUUCUAACCAACACUGAAGAUAAUCGUUUAAAAUCUAUCCAAACUGCAGUUUUAAUUAAAAAUAAUGCAUUAGAUGUUGGUCAAAAUGUUUAUGGUGCUAAUGGACAGGUUAUUGGGAAAAUCUAUAAGCCUUCUAAUGGUACAGCUAGAACUAAUAACCGACAUAAAUAUAGUGGUGGUAGUAGUUAUAGCAGUCCCAGUGACAGUGAAUUGUCUGAUGAUUUGCAUGCAAUUGGGCAUGAUGUUAAACAAUCGGCUCAUGGUGCAAUAAGUAAUGUACAUGAUCAUAUAAAGGAUGCAUACAAUACAACAAAAGCUGUUGGAAAAGCCGUUGGAAGUAUUGUUGGAAAUGCUGUUAGUGAUGCUGUAGAUGAUGUUCAAGAAACUGCCAAAAAUGCAUAUCAAGGGUCAAAGGAUGCUGUGAAAGACGUGGGAAAUGCUGUUAGUGGUGCUGUAGACGAUGUUCAAGACACUGCCAAAAAUGCGUACCAAGGGUCAAAGGAUGCUGUGAAAGACGUAGGAAAUGCUGUUAAUGGUGCUGUGGAUGAUGUUCAAGAAACUGCGAAAACUGCAUACCAAGGUUUAAAGAAUGAUGUAAACGCCAUAGAAAAUGCAGUUAGUGACGCUACAGAUAGUGUAGAAAAAACGGCCGGUUAUUUGUAUUGAAGUUCGGGAGACUUAGCAAAUAACGUAAAACUUGCUAUUGAAUACACUGUAUAUGGUCUUAUUAUUACAUAAGAAAAUAAGUUUGGUUUUGGCAAUGAUUUAACUAUAGUGUCUUAAAUGAUUUAUUAGUAUGUAAGUAUGUUAAUCGUUGUACCAUAUAAAUAUACAUAUUUAAUUUACUAAUAAAUAUGUUUAUUCAUUUUCAUAUACCAACUAUAAGAGAUAUUAUAACAGGUACUUAAACUGAAAAUUUUUUAAUUAU